UUAUUGAACCCCAUCAACUCUCCAAAUUCUUACAAUCCAAAACGACCUAAAUUUUAGGAAACCUUUUAAUUUCAAUAAGUAAUAGAUCUGCAAAUGUCGGAAUAUGGAGAACAACAAUGCGAUUGUGAAAAGAGCCAUUCAGGGCUAGACUCGCAUUUACAUCGUCACCUCGCUUCUGCUGACCUCUCUAGUAAUCUCUACUUCUCGCCGCUCCACUAUCACUCUAGGGAAACCCUAGAAUUGAAGCUUGUUUGGACCUCCUUCCGAUUCGAUUGAGAGAUAUGCGUUCUCAAAAAUCACCGAUGGUUUCGCCUAAAAUGUCAUGGUUUAGUCAUAUUGUUGGUCUCUUUUGAUCAACGGAAAGUUUACAGUUGAAUUUUUCUGUCGAUUAGUGUUACCGCUUUAAUUCCGAUUAUGAUUGUAAACUUGGUUUUCAGGGAGUUGCAGAAGUGGCGAUUUCCCGAUUUGGAUUUGAUUUUUGAAAUGAGUUUUUCUACAAAAUACUAGGUCUAUCUUUCAGUUCUCCUGGAAGAAAUGGUCUAGUUUGGUUUGAUUUUUCGGAUGUUAAUUCCCCUUUCAGUUUGAAGAAGAUAAGGAGAUGUACAGAGGGGGUCUCGAUAGAUUUAAGAAAGCCCAGUCUUUGGAGCCAUUCUCAGUUGCCCCCAAUUCUUCUUCUUCUGGUAUUUCCUCUCCUAAAGGAAAUAAUCAAGCACCGGCGCAGCUUAACCAUCAUGAAAACUCGGUCCAUCAGAUCCAAGUUCAGAAUCAAAGACAUAACGCAACAAGAGCUGCAACAGCCGAAGUCGUGGUUCCGGCCCAACCUGUUACUCAGUUUGGCGGAGGUCAGUCAACAUGGCAACCUCCAGAUUGGGCAAUAGAGUCCCGCUCAGGUGUUUAUUACCUAGAAGUGAUGAAAGAUGGGGAUGUGCUUGACAGAAUCAAUUUGGAUAAGAAGAGGCAUAUAUUUGGGAGACAGGUUCAUACUUGUGACUUUGUGUUAGAUCAUCAGUCUGUUUCUCGACAGCAUGCUGCUGUUGUACCCCAUAAGAAUGGAAGCAUCUAUGUGAUUGAUUUGGGUUCUGUUCAUGGUACAUUUGUUGGCAAUGAGAGACUUAUUAAAGACACUCCGGUUGAGCUUGAAGUUGGGCAAUCUCUAAGAUUUGCUGCAUCUACCAGAAGUUAUAUUCUGAGAAAGAACACUGCUGCCCUUUUUCCCACUCCCGCAGCUCCGAGAGAAGUAGAUCUACCUUCUCCUCCAGACCCAUCUGACGAAGAUGCUGUUGUUGCAUAUAAUACCAUUCUCAACCGUUAUGGUCUUACGAAAUCAGAUCUGUCAUCAAAAUCUACGAGUUCAUCGACUGUAAAAUCCGAUGCUCAUCAUUUAUAUAGGCCCUCUAAGAGGAUUAGGAAAGCAAGGGUUGCAUUCAAAGAUCAGAUUGGUGGUAACUUAGCUGAAGUUGUGGGGAUCUCAGAUGGUGUGGAUGUUGAAACUGAACCUGGUCCUAUUGGUGUAAAAGAAGGCAGUCUUGUUGGUAAAUAUGAGUCUCUUGUUCAGGUCACUGUUAUUCCUAAAGGGAAGGAGCAGCUAUCUCAAAGGGAAGGCAGCAUUUCACCCAAGGGUGUCACUCACAAGUUACAGCAGGUUUUGAACAAAGUGAAGAACACUUCUAAAGGUGGGAUUUAUGAUGACAUUUAUGGUGAUUCUUUUUCAAGUAAGGUAGGUUCAUCUUGGGCAUAUAAAAAUGAUGGUAGAGAAGGAAAUACAAACAAAAAUGUUGAUGGAAAGCCUUCCAGUGGAAAAUCAAAUGAUGCUUCAGGUGAAGAUAGUGAUGAUCUGUUUGGUGAUUAGGAUUUUCUGCUAAAAUUUUGUUAAUGAUAUUUGAGGAUUUAUUGUUUUAGUGUUUCAUGUCACAGAAAGAACCUGCUUUUUGGGUUCUAAUGGCUGUUUAUGAGUCCUGUGUAUUAAAAAAAAUUUCCGGUCUUUCCUUGCGACUGUUUUCCUGCAAUUUUGCUCUGUUGUUUC